AUGGGGUUGUUGUAUCUCGGAACACCGCUCACCUGGGAUGAAGCAAAGAAGUAUGCUGAUCAUGUUAGGUUUCAUGGCAUCACACAGUUCUUGCACACUUGGGAUCGCGUAAAGGACAGGUACGGCGAUGAGCUGCUCUGGGGUGAUGAGGUGGAAUAUAUAGUUAUUUCCUUCGACGACGAGGGGAAAAACGCCAAAUUAUCGCUCAGACAGACCGAAAUUCUUGCGAAGCUCAGCAAGAUCGUCAACGAAUUAUCGGAUGACACUGCCGACUCAGCAACAAUUCCCACUUUUCAUCCUGAGUAUGGCAGAUACAUGCUGGAGUCGACGCCCGGGUCUCCGUAUACCGGCUCGAUUCCUGAUCUGUUGUCGGUAGAGGACAAUAUGCGCUAUAGGCGUGUUCUGGCUCGCAAACAUCUAAAGGCGAACGAAGUUCCGCUAACUGUCACGUCUUUCCCUCGCUUGGGAGCCCCUGGAGUAUUCACAGAACCUCAUUUCACAGCCGAUAAUGCCGUUUCUAGCCAAAGUCUGUUCCUUCCAGAGGAGAUUACAAACCCCCAUGCUCGCUUUCCCACAUUGACAGCCAAUAUCAGAAGCAGAAGAGGAUCAAAAGUAGCCAUUAAUCUCCCUAUUUUCAUAGACGACAAAACACCUCGCCCAUUCGUUGACCCCACAAUUCCAUGGCAGCGCUCGAUAUACCCUGGGGAUUCUGAGGCUAAGCGUGGGGCUGCACUCAAUGAUCACAUUUACAUGGAUGCCAUGGGUUUUGGAAUGGGAUGUUGUUGUCUCCAACUGACAUUCCAGAGCUGCAAUGUAGAUGAGGCGAGGCGUAUGUAUGACGCGUUGAUUCCUGUGGGACCUAUAAUGCUUGCAUUGAGUGCAGCUAGCCCAAUCUGGCGAGGAUAUUUAGCGGACGUAGACUGCCGCUGGAAUGUCAUUGCCGGAAGCGUUGACGAUCGAACUGAGGAAGAGCGUGGUCUCAAGCCCCUCGAAAAUAGCAAAUUUUCAAUUCCUAAAUCUCGCUACGACAGUGUGGAUUUGUAUAUCUCGACGGACUGGAUAAAUAAACCUGCAUAUAACGAUGGGAUUGUCCCAUAUGAUGAGCCUAUUUAUGAUCGCCUUCGUGGUCAUGGUAUUGACGAUUUGCUUUCUAAGCAUAUUGCUCACCUUUUCAUACGUGAUCCCCUUGUAAUCUUCUCGGAGACAAUCAAUCAGGACGAUACAGCGAGCAAUGACCAUUUUGAGAACAUCCAAUCAACUAAUUGGCAGACCCUGCGCUUCAAACCCCCUCCGCCGAAAUCGCCUAUUGGCUGGCGCGUCGAAUUCCGUAGCAUGGAAGUGCAACUGACGGACUUUGAGAAUGCAGCAUUUGCAGUAUUUAUUGUGCUCUUGUCUAGAGCUAUCUUGAGCUUCAAUAUAAACUUUUAUAUACCCAUAUCCAAGGUUGAUGUUAAUAUGGGCAGAGCUCAGCAGAGGGAUGCAGUGCACUCAGAAAAGUUUUAUUUCAGAAAGGAUGUGCUUCCACCUGGUCACACAUCACCUACUUCUAGCGUUGCCUCGUCCUCGGGUUCUAAUUCCCCCGUAGAGUGCUCGAAUUGCAGUCUGCCAUCGAAAGACAAGAAGCUACGCAACUGCUUCCCUCCUCUGGCCCGACCCCUUCAUGUCGUUGAUAGUCCAGUUGAAGAAGAAUAUGAAGAAAUGACUGUCAAUGAGAUUAUGAAUGGAAAGAACGCCUCCUUCCCAGGCUUAUUAGGGCUCGUUGAUGCAUACUUAGAUACAAUAGAUGUCGAGAAGGCAGAAAGAUCGAAGAUAGAUCGAUACUUAGACUUCAUUCGGCGGCGAUCCAAUGGUUCUCUCAUGACUGCUGCAACUUGGAUGCGAAAUUUCGUUCGCUCUCAUCCCGCGUAUAAAUUUGACUCAGUUGUGAGUCAGGAAAUCAAUUACGACUUGAUGAUAGCUAUUGACCGUAUCGAGCGUGGUAUCGAACGUGUUCCUGAACUUUUGCCAGAAGACUAUGGGCGAAACUGAAACUGAACACUCUUUGCACAUAACUCAAUCAAGUGGUGACGACAAGUAUCAAUCCAUGAACCAUCCGAUGUCAAGUUUGUACCGUUGAUGACUGUGUCUUGGUACAAUUAAUUUAUGGGCAUUACUAUGUAUUGUUAUCGUGAAGUGUAUCCCUUUAUCUAUGUGGAACAUUGGAUUAUUUUUUGGGCCUGCGAAAUAUAUAUAUAUAUGAUAUCUGUU